UGUGUCAGUUUCGGUGGGACCCACGAUCGAUGCCGGUUAGGAGAGGGGGGGGGAUGGGCGCCACUGCGAAUAUUGAGGACCUGAGAUAGAAUCAGAGCCUUGUAACACAUACAGCCGUACAUCUCCCUUUAUAAACACCGAGUAUAAAUUUUGUAAAGCGUUGUAAUAAACUGAUUCAGUCAGCAGGGUUUCAAUGUAACAUACUAGAGAGGUACUGUGUCCAAGGCAGGAAAAGGAAUAAAACUUUCCCCUCUGGCGGAAGGGGGUUUAGAAGCCUUGGUAGGUACCCGGGAAAGAAAGCGCUCUUCUCGCGUACGCCUCGCAGGAAACACCGAGGGCGGAGGGGGAGGCCUGGAUGUGUGAUUCGCACUAAUGUUGGAAUACCAUUUUAUGUGAAAUUCCAAGGAACGCGAAUCCGACCGGAGCUGAGGGGGUAUGUCUCACUAGGUCUCCCCAUGUCCUUAAGGUGUUGGCUGCGGCAGUGCGGCACCCCACCCCUGGAGUGGUCUGUUGCUGCAGCUCAGACCCCGUGAUUCCCCCUCCCUUUCCCCUCUCCCCCCCACCCCCUUCCCCCUUUCCCCCCCUCCCCCCGCGUCGCUGUGCUGGACGUCAUGAGCAUAGUAAUCGCGCUGGGAGUCACCACACCUGAAACGUCCUACUCAGACAUGGCUGCUGGAUCAGACCCUGAGUCGGUGGAAGCAAGUCCUGCUGUGAAUGAGAAGACCUACUCCAACCACAGCUGUGGAAGUGCUCAGAACCAUGGUUACCGGGGACUGCCCUAUGCUAUGCAACAGUCUUGCGUUGUGUGUUGUCAGGACCACAACUAUGGUGCACCCCCUCCUCCGACCCCACCCGCAUCCCCACUGUCCCACACGAUCAUCCCCCGCGUGGAACUCAGUGACGUCAUGUGCUCUGACCUUGUGGAUGAUAACACGGCUGAUAGUGACAGCUCCUCUGACGAAGAUGAGGAUGUAGGUGUGCCAAGUUGGUGCCCCUGCAGCCUGACACAAGAUGGCUUCCUUAUUAAGUGCGACAGUUGUAGGGGCUUGGAGAGGAGGAAAGGGGUUGAUGCUCAGCGAAGGAAACCAGAAAAUGUGUCCGUUGGGGACAGCAGUGCGACAGAGAGUGGCGAUGAAGAAGUCUCUCCAUCCACGGUGUCUUACACAGCCACCCAGCACACACCCACCAGUAUCACCCUCACUGUCAAUCGUGUUAAGAGGAGCAAGCCCAAGAAGAGGAAAAAGAGUACAGAGAAAGCACAGGGAACACCAAAACCCAAAAAAAUCAAGGCCUUCAGAGAGGGUUCUAGGAAGUCCAUGAGGAUGAAGAACUCAACGACGGAAGCAAGCACGCUAGACGAGAACACAGAGGAGGGCUGGGAGUCCAAGAUCCGCCAGUGGACAGACCAGUACGAGGAGGCCUUGGCCAACCAAUACAGUGCAGAUGUUCAGACACUGCUCCAGCUGCAUCGUGAAGGCAAAACGUCCACAGCCGCUACCAUGGACAACAUCAACCGGACAGAGCUGGCCUGUAACAACACUGUUGUCGGUUCACAGAUGCAGUUACAGCUGGGAAGGGUCACACGUGUACAGAAGCACAGAAAGAUUCUGCGUGCUGCUCGGGACUUGGAGACGGACACUCUUAUCAUUGAGUAUCGGGGCAAAGUCAUGCUGAAACAGCAGUUUGAGGUCAAUGGACACUUCUUCAAAAAGCCCUACCCCUUUGUGCUGUUCUACUCAAAGUUCAAUGAAGUAGAGAUGUGUGUUGAUGCACGGACGUUUGGCAAUGAUGCACGCUUCAUCAGGAGGUCGUGUACACCCAACGCUGAGGUUCGACACAUGAUUGCUGAUGGCAUGAUCCAUUUGUGCAUCUAUGCAGUUACUCGUAUCACAAAGGACUCAGAAGUCACCAUUGGCUUUGAUUAUGAGUUCAAUAGCUGCAACUACAAAGUGGACUGUGCCUGCCACAAAGGGAACCAGAACUGUCCCGUGCAGAAACACAACCUGAACCCACCCGAACAGCUGCUGCGUCCCCCCUCAUUGCCCGUGCAGGUGGGGGCCGAGACACGCAGGCGGAAAGCACGACGGAAAGAGCUGGAAGCAGGGGUCCUGUGCAGCAUAUCUGACGAAAGUAGCCAACCCCCUGAGGAAACCCGGGGGGGUAGCAUGGGAGCCAGUGAUGCAGAGGAGGGGCUCUGUGACGGGUUGAAAAUGGACGAUGGGGAAGAGGCAGAACUUGACGAAAAUGGUGCUUUAAUCCAGAGUAGACGGACCCGUGAGGAGCGCAAGGCUGAGGCAAUCAUGCAGGUGUUUGAAAAUUUGGAGAAGAGGAGGAAGAGAGGCUCACAGAUCCAGGACAGAAGCCAGGGUUCUGGGACAGGAGUGGAGGAAUCCAAGCAGGAGGAUGCUGAACUAGGGGACAGCACAGCCCCUCUGGCUGGGACAGUCCCCAUGCCAACUGGAGUGGGUGUUAGCACAAGGCGUGCUUCCUACUUUACUGAAGCUCCUCCAGAAGUUGAAAAAGUUCAGGUUGCCCCUCCUGCCCCCAAACCCCCCCCAGCCAGGUCAUCCAAGCCUCGACCCAAGAGCCGCAUAUCCCGGUAUCGAUCAAGCUCAUCACAGAGGGCCAGGCGCCAGCGGCAGGCUCUGGCCCAACAAGCUGCAGACCAAGUCCCCAGUAUGACUGAGGAAGGUGCAGUUGGUACCCCUGGAAGUGAGCUGGGAGUGGGCGAAGGAGUGCUUGCUGGGGGACAGCCUGCUGACAUAGAUGGUCUGGCAGGGGCAGCAAUAGGAGCUCCGGGCAACAAGGCUGGCCUUCGAUAUCCUAAAACCAAGAAGUACCUUGUGACAGAGUGGUUGAACGACAAGGUGCUGGAGAAACCAGAGUGCCCUGUGGAGCGGCCCCUACGCAUCACCACAGAUCCCACGGUGCUGGCCACCACCCUCAACAUGCUGCCUGGCCUUUCACACUCACCCCUUAUUUGCACCACCCCCAAACACUACGUGCGCUUUGGUUCACCGUUCACCCCGGAGAGACGCCGGCGUCCUGUUAUUGUGGACGGAUCCUAUGGUUCGUUCAAGAAGCGAUGGAUCAAGCAGGCUCAGGACGAGAGUUUGAAUUCAUCCUGCGUUGAGGGUGGGUUGCAAUCCAGCUCAUCACACCAAAGCAACAGCAGCAGCAGUGCUUCCAGCCCCUUCAAAGCUGAAAUAUCAGCACCUUUCAAGAAGCGGAAAUGCAAGUACUCCUGGGAGCCGCUGGUCGUGCCACAGGAGGAGCUGCUGAGGCCUUUGUCCCCCAUCACACCACCCCUACCUUGCAACCCCCCACAGCCGUUGCUCAUCCUGAGCUCCACUGAUGAGAGGCACAAUGGCUACAGCUUGAAUUACUCUCCUCUCCCAUCUCUGCCCACCAGUCGCUGCAACACGCCACUGCAGUUUGAGAAUAUCUCAUCCCCUGAGGCAUCCCCCGUGCACAGGCCAGAGUCAUUGUCACCUGAGCCGUGCUUGCGCCCAGACCUGGACGGGCCACGUGCGGCACUGCCUGACCUCUCCCUUCCCUCCAGCUUGGAGAGCCCCGCAGCAACAGAGGAUGCCCCCACAGUUGUACAGGAAUCUUUUGGGGUAGCCCCUUUGUUGGCAGAGGCUCAGCUUCGGGAGCAGUCAUUCCGGACAGAGUUCAACCUCAUUUACACCUGCUCUCCCCUCAACUCCAACAUGGGCGAGGGCCUUAGUGGGAGGCGCCUCUCACAGUCUGAGGGUGGCUUCUCUCCUGCAGAGUCCUUCCGGAGUUCUGCAGGUGGCCAAGGAUUGCUGUUAGAGGCAGGAUCAAGGCCUCUGUCACCAUACAUGGAGCCACACUACAUGGAGAGUGGAACAUCCCCACACCCUAGCAAUCCCCCACAAAAGAAGAAGAGGGCCAACCUGCAUACCAUUAGUCUGCUGACAGGAAAGCCAGAUUACCAGGCUUUAUCUGUAAGAAGUGAAUACAAGACAGUGCAGAAUAUGGUGUCCCUGCUAGAGUACCGCAAGAGGAAGCAGGGUGCCAAGGAACCAGAGGGUGGAGGUAAUACCAGCAACCCAGAGCCUCCCAGCGGCCUCCGCUCCCCCCAUAGCUGUUUCUCCUCCCCUGCCCACCCUUCCAUCCCCCAGGUGGAGGAGGUGAGUCCUCCAGACCGUAGUAUGGUGUCCCACUCAAGGCCUCAGGACAGCACCAGCCAUUGGAUGGUUCCUACCUCCGUGGAGCGGCUGCGGGAAGGACAGGGGGUGCUGGAGCGAGUGCUGAGGGGCAGUCUCAAAAUGGAGCGUGUGCUGAAGCGUGUGGAGGCUGGCGCUGAUAAGGAGUCUGAACUCAAUGAUGCAGAGAGUUUUGAAGCCCAGGUAGUGUCACGUGCCCAAGUGUCUCCUGUGAAAAGCCCCCAGAGGUACAGCCACAGUCCCUCCAUGUAUCCCCAUCAGCUGCAGUCACACCUAUCAGAGACUCAUCAGAAAACGGAACCUGCGGCCUUUCUGCAGCAGAGCGCCUCAUCACCCUUCCGUGGGUCCUACAGCCCCUCAACCCCUUCCCCUGGUCAGGGGUACUACUCCCGCUUAUCCUCACGUCCUCUGCCUCAGGACCUCUCCCAGCAACAGUCACCAAAUCCAGCCCCCUCCUAUCCAAACCAUCCCUCAUCUGUGGACUUGACAUUAUGUGGAACCCCUGGAAAGACUGGUGGUGCCCAGCAGCAUCACCAUCACCAGUUGUGCAGCAGUGGUGGCACUACCACUGGAGUGGACGGAUCCCAGUUUUACAGCGGGAGCCACCUCAAACCCAGCAUGUCGAACAGCGGACUGACUACGUCAGCCACCUCAGUCCCUAGGUCACUCUCGCUCCCCCAAAUCAGCACCAAAACGGAUACUAUUGCCACCACAGGAAAUCCAUUGUCCCAUGCCUCCAGGCUGUCCCAGCAGCCCAAGGCGCAGACCUUAAGCCCAGAGAGUUCUGGGCAAACGAUGCUGCAGACGGGGGCACGGCUGUUGCCGACGUCCGGCUCCCAGCACUAUGCGCAGCGUGGGACGCCCAUCAGCCAGUUUCAGCAUCCUCAAAUCCAGGGUUCAGGAGUAAGGACACAGACGGGAAGCUACUAGGACACCUAUAAAGGUCAGCGGGGAAAUGUACAGGCCCAAGGAGCAAGGACUUGGCUUUAAACCCAGGACCCUUUUACUGUUGAUUUUUCUUUCUGCAGAAAUGUACAUUGUUGUUUGUAUGGCUACAUGUGGGCUCUUAUGUUCUCGAGAAAUUAGACAAAUAUGUAGACAUUUUAAAUUUAACCUUACAUUACCAGAUCUGUAUACUGACGAUGUGCAAACAGGAAAUGCAGACAGAAACCUAAUUAGGGUCACCCCUAUGUUAGUACCUGUUUUGGUACUUCAAAUUACCAUUAUUAAAGAAGAGGUGUGGAACUCCAUAGUUUCAUAUUUUCUCUUAAGAUUUGGUUCACAGAAGAAGUCCUGCCGUAACAGACGUUUAUUUGUAAAGUUUUAACAAUACGGUCUAAACGUUUUUGUAUUGUCCGUUUAUAAAGAUACAGGGAAGACAGGGCCGUACACUCGCAAAUCCCAUUCCCUGAGAUCAUCAUUCCAUGUAACUUCCACCUCUCCCCACCCCCCUCAAAUAGCGUAAGACUCUGGAGUCAGGAUCUGUAUUUUUAAUUGAUCUUAUUUUAAUUUCACGUAACUAUUCUAGGCUUGGUAUGCUGUACUUGACUCAUACAGAUCUUAUAAUCCAUGGUGCUGCAGUUUUAUUUUUUUAUUUAUUUUUUUAAUCCAGUAUGUUUUCCACAUGUAGUGAGAAGUCAUUCAGUCUUUUUGUAAUUCAAAAUAGACUUUUGAAAACUGAAUCAUGGUGUUUUUUUUUAUUUUUAAAAUAAACCUGUGUGCAGGAAUGCAGGGAGAACAGGACACAGUAAUGGGGAAGGAUUGCUUUUGUUCCUUUAGUUGGUUCUCUGAGUCCAUCAGGAUUUAGAGGAAAUAAUUUCAAAGAUUGCGUUUUCACCCCUUGGACCAACCCCCAUGUCCCGCACACUGUCAGGCGGGUAUGUGGAUGGAAAAGCUGCUGUGUUCUUUUUUUUUUUUUUUUUUUUUUUUCCUCUUUUGAACGCAAGUGCUGCUUCAGGAUUUGUUCUGUUUCCACAAGAAUGCUGUACUUUUUUAAAUUAGGUUUCUCACCAGUUAAACGCAGUGAGGUCACCAAGUCAUGUGCCAUGACCAUUUUGUUUAGGGACAAAACCAAUGUAAAUCUAGUCUGACAAUGACACAUGUUACCGAAUACUGAGACUGUGCACCAUUUGCGGACUCUUACGGACCACUGACUUUCCUCAGAAGGAGGGACUCUCCUUUAGCCCAUCUCUGGACGGGAGGGGCAGUUUGUCACACCUGGGGCAUCCCGGGGGCUCUAAAGGCUGGGAGCUGGAUGAAAAGUGAGUUGACUCAUGAGACCUCUUGCUCUGCCACCCCUGCCGCAGACGAAAGGGUGCUCGCUUGUUACGUGAAUGUUUCUCAUGGUGGAAGACAUGGCGGAAGAAUACUUGUGACCCAAAAUACCAGCACCUUAAUAAAGAAGCAAAUGUUAU